AUGGCAACUGCAAGCGAACAGACCGAAAGAGCCUUUCAAAAACAGCCAUGUGUGUUCCUGAACCGGAAACACAUCGUUGGCCUCGGAAAGAAGAAAUCGAAGAAGCCAUUGAGAUGGGUUAGAAACAUCGGCCUCGGAUUCAAGACCCCGAAAUUGGCGAUCGAAGGAACGUACAUCGACAAGAAAUGUCCGUUUACAGGAAACGUCAGCAUCAGGGGGCGAAUUUUGACCGGAACCGUGAUUAAAAUGAAGAUGCAACGCACCAUAAUCAUUCGUAGAGACUAUCUGCAUUACGUGAAAAAGUACAAUCGCUUCGAGAAACGGCACAAAAACAUGGCAGUUCACCUCAGCCCAUGCUUCAGGGACGUGAAAAUAGGCGACAUAGUAACGGUUGGUGAAUGCAGGCCGCUCAGCAAGACUGUAAAGUUUAACGUGCUUAAAGUUACCAAAGCUCCUGGAAUGAAGAAAUCUUUCGAAAAGUUUUGA